CUUAAGCGCCCCAUACACUGUCAGUUUAACUGAAGAUCGUAGAUCGGGAUUGCCCACACAUUUGUCACUUGAUCUGAAGAUAUUGGACUGCAGUUCACCAGGACUGAAGGUGUGUGGUCGCCGGGCAGGCGGCGAUAUGAUGAGAGAUUCGCGACAGGCAGGAGCCUGUCAGAUAAUGAUCUCAUGUGCCCGCCACCACACACUAUCAGUCAGCCUGCAGGCUCACGAUCCUUUGUCACCGUUUCCAUCAGUUUUGCGUGAGAUCAUUUUCGUGAAAUCAUACACCAGUCGAAAUUGGACUGACAACGAAAGAUGGACGGGAAGCCUCCUUUCAUUUCAGCGUUUAUUGAAUUAUAUCGGGCAUACCCGUGUUUGUGGAAAGUGAAGGACGAUACCUAUUCAAAUAAACGAUCGCGGGAUGAGGCCUACGGAGAGUUAUUAAAAUUUUAUAAAAAAACUGUGCCAUCAGCCACCAUUGACACUGUGAAAAAGAAAAUUAAUAACUUGAGAUGUGCGUUCCGUAAAGAGCUAAAGAAAGUGAAACAGCCGAAGUCAGGCUCAUCAGGAGAUGACGCAUACACCCCAUCACUGUGGUAUUUCGACUUGCUAUUGUUUACAGCCGACCAUGAAGAAACUAGAGCGACAAUUGGGAGCGACGAAUCACAACUCGAGAGUCAGGAUGAAACCUCAAACCAUACAUCAUCACAACUGGUAUCACCCCCUUCCUCAGUUUCUAACCUCAGUUGGACUGACAAUAUUUCAUCAGGCCCAUCAACUUCAUCCGGAAAUCCAAAAAAAUCGGGCAAUCAUAAGAAAAGAAAAGAUGCUAUCGACGCAGCUGUGAAAGCUUUGAAGGAGGACGAUGAGUUCGAUGGCAUUGGGCUCAAUGUAGCAUGCAAAUUACGCCGUAUGGAUGAAGAUCAAAAACUGUAUGCCGAAAUGUUAAUCAACAAAGUGUUGAUGUAUGGUGUGAAGGGAAAGCUUCAAGAGGAAACUGAUGUCCGGGGUCUCAAGUUCGUACAGCCACAAACACCAGUUCGUCGAGUAGAAAAAAAUAUUUCCUACUCCUUUGGUCAAGAUCAAAACCUCCAGACUACUAACAACUUCAGUCCGAUAACUGGAGAGGGAAGUACAGGAAUACCGGAAGUAAAGGAAUACUUUGAAUCUGCUCACGCUGACUCUGAUAACCAGUUGUCUGAAUUUAUAUUGUUGCACUAGAUUAAAUAGUUUUCGUGAAAAGUGCAUUAGCUUUUUGUUAAAUUCAUUUAAAAUAAAUAUCUGAUUUUUUUCAAUACACAAUAAACUAUAAACUAUCUGCUUACAUAACUUUUCAAUGUAAUUAAGCAAAAUAAAAUAUAAUAAGAUGAA